GAGAAGGGACCAGCCGCGGAAAUCCCCGCCUGCACGACGUAGGACAGGAGGGAGGAGCUAGCUCAGCCCGGGCACUGCCCCGCGGCUGUUUCACUGCUUCUGCUCCCGCCGCUCGCCGAGGGACAGAGCCUGCGCCUCCCGCCGAGUCCCCGAGGCUGCCCGAGCAGCGCCCCGCGCCGCGAUGGAGCCGAGAAGCUCUGGACUUUGGUUACUGUUUCUUUGUGCUCUGGGAUGCGUUACUACAGAGGAAGAUAAGAAAGUUAUCAGCACAAUAGGCAGCACUGCUGAACUGAGCUGCAUUUAUCCUCAAGAGAAAAAAUUCAUUUUAAAUAAGCUACGGGUCUUUUGGCAAAUAGCAGAUGGUUCAAAACCAUGUUCAGUGGUACACACCUUUAAUUCUGGUCAUGAGAACCAAAGCGAGCAGUGUGCAGACUUCAGAAACAGGACUCGAUUAUUUCAGGAUAAGCUUGAAAAUGGCAUUUUUUCUCUGCUGCUGCUAAACGUCAGCCUGAGAGAUGAACACACGUACCGGUGCAUAGUACAGAAGAAGGACGUAGUUUUUAGGGUUAUUCACAAUGCAGAUGUGACCCUCAAGGUAGCAGCCAAUAACAGCCUGCCAGUACUAAGUGAACCUACAGGAAACCGCCCAAAUAUUGGAGAAAAAGUGACAUUAAGUUGCAACUAUAGCCAAGGAUACCCACAGCCAAACAUUUACUGGAUAAAUAGAACAGACAACAGCUCCCUCCAUCCAUCAUCAUUAAAGAUCAUCCAAGACAAUGAUGGUACAUACAGUGUUUUCAGCACACUGAAGAUUGAACCAAAUUCUGAUAUAAAAGUAGGAUGCAUCAUAGAAAAUGAACUACUAAAGCAAAAUGUAACUGUCCUCUUCUCGAAAGACGUCACAAACCCUAACCCAACCAGCAGCGAUCAUUUAUAUCUAAAUGAACCAGGAGCUCAGGCUGGAAGUGUCCUUGCCAUUGCCAUUGUGUUAGCUGGUCUAGCUGUUUUAACCUGCUGGCUGUGGAAAAGGAAAUCCCCUCACCGGAAAUCAUAUGCAGAUGUUCAACAAAAUGAAGAUGGAGCACAGCACAAUACACACAUUUAAAUGGGAAAUUCUCAGAAUUUGGGCAUCUGGUGAUAUACCAAGAGAAUGCUGAAGCUAUGGAUGCUAUGUUGAAGCCAAGGACGGCAGCAUUAUCUGCAACAUGAAUGACAUAGUGUUUCCAGAGCAUGGGCCACAACAAAUGGCAAAAACCUUCUCUGACAGAGGAGAGAGCAAAAUCCACCUGCUUUGGUCUGCCACUUCUAAUCAGCCCUUGUGCUGGUUUCAAAACACCUGUAUGAGUGAGUGAAAGGUACAGUUGUACCCGGAUGCUGAAGCAUUGCUUCAGGAAUGAAAGACUGCCAACUGUUUUAUCAAUCUAAGAAGUCCCUGCUAGGAGAUAAGCAACUGUGUUUCAGCAGUGCUGACAAUUUCUCUCUGCCUUUGAGACUUUUCAUAACGAUUACUGAACAUGAAAAAUGGCAGCUAGGCAAGUGAAAACUGCAGGACUCCAUAGAGCAAACUUUGUUGCCUGUUUUACUACUUCUCUUUCCUCCAUGGAUCUUUUUACUGUUUCUGGGCAGCCUCAAUGGCAACACAAAAAUAUCCUGAAGCUUCCGACUUAGACAUGCAGAGGUACCGGUGCCUAUGCCUGUAGCUGAACAAAACUUUUGAGUAUGAACAUUAGGAAGCCUUCUUUUAUUUCAGUUUAAGUGUGCAUUCUACAUUUUACAGAGUACUCGAUCAAAAAGGGACUGUCCAUCAGUUGACAGAGCACAGAAAUUACCAGGAUUCCUAGGAAGUGCAUAGCACUACCUUAGCACUGUCUGUGCUGAAUUCAGAUCAGCAGUUGCCUGUGUGCAUAUACUUUAGAGACUGGACAA